CAUGGCGAUGGGCUGCUGGGAGGCAGCUGGUGAUCAGCUCAGUGGAAAGAAGUCGAGGAGGAGGAGGAGGAGGAGGUCAGGACAGGAGGUGUGGGAAUCCAGAGCGGGCGGUCCACCGCUGACGUCAGAGGAGGAGAGAGAGAGAGAGAGAGAGAAGUUGAGGAGACGCUGAGAAGAGAGUUGGAGCAACUCGAGUUGUGGGAGAGACCCCGAGUCAGACCCCCGGCGGCUCUUCGGGAGGAAAAUUCAGACCAAAUGCUGCAGAAUUGGGCUUCAGACCGGAAACCCGAAGCCGUCCUCCAGAGAGGUCCACCGGCAAAGGCAGUGGGCGAGGAAGGGUCGCUGAUCGCGGGCUUUGUUCCUCCCAUUCCCCAACUCUGGAAGGUGAAGAAAGAUGCCUUUCGCCGACAUAAUGAUUGCUGAUAAGACUGCAUUGUUGAGCUGGACAGUAGCCUGCAAUUUGAAGCCCUCUGACCGGGUUAAUCCGAGGUCUGAAAGUAUCCUGAAGAAGGACCAGAGCUUAGCCACAAAAGGUACACUGGCAUUCAACAACAUAAAGGUGAAGUGUUCAGUGAAGCCCAUCAAUAGCUGCUUGGACACAACACGACUGACCAGCCUGGAGCAGAAGAUGUUAAAUCAACAACUGAUCAUUAGUGACCCAGCGCUGGAUAUUAACAGCAUCUCGGAAAAGGGACAUUGCCUAAGAAGGAGGAAUGCAUUUGGGCAGAGUUUGUCUUUAAACAAAGCCGGUAUUCGAGGUCGGAAUCCAAGUAUCAGACAGAAGAUCUCUGAAUGGGAGGGCAAGAGUGAGUUGACUUCUUUAGCAGAUAGACAGCAAUGGGAAAAAAAGGAUGCAACAGAAGUUGGCAGUGUGCUUGAUCCAUUGGGAAGGCCAGAGGAUAUCUUUGACAGGAAAACUGAGCCCAAACUGUCGGUCAUGUUGCAACUAGACAUUGAGGGUGUUGGGAAAGAAAAUGAAUGCCAACUCGAUGAUGAGAAGGCCAAGGGAUUGGCAACCGAGCACAGGCUGGUUGUGGGUAAGGAGAAUGGCAUGUCUAAGCCCGAUUCAUCAAAGCUUGAUUUGGCACAGCCACUUAUUACGAGGAUGAAAGAGGCUGCCUGCACCAAACUUAGCACGUCACAGUCCAACAAAAGAAAUAAGUCAUCAGUAUUGUGCCACAUAGAGAAGCUGGAGGAAGUUUUGAAGGACAGUCCGAAGCAUGGUGGACUCCAGUUGCCAGGCAGUUGCUACAUCCCACAGAGGCAGGAGGAGGCAGACAGAGGCCGGGAGACUCCAGUACCCCAGGAGGAGAAGGAUGAGAGCUGCAGCUCAGAGCUCAAACGAAAGCACCUACGUUCCAAUUCAGAAUCUGAGGCAAGUGAGCCUAUCUUUGGGACUGCAGAUAGCAUCAAGGUGUGCUGGGCAAGCUGCAAAGUGCGAAAUGUGGAGAAUGUCUAUUCCGAACCUGGAGCCCAGGAUCAGGAAACUCCUGUGAAUCCAGUACCCAAACCCAAGAGGACCUUCAGAUAUGGGCCAGAACAAAUAGCAGCAAGGAAGAGUGGCCGGAGACUUCCGGAUUUACCACCGGUUCCUCCCCCGCUGCCUUCUUCACCUCCCCCUGCAGUCAGCACUUCAGCUCUAGGUGGGAGAUCAAGGAGCAAAGACCUCCGGCGAAAGUCCUUUGAGUUUGAAGACAUGAAAUGUUUGCAGAUGCUGCAGUUGUCCAGUCUCUUAAGGCAACGGCAGUUGGAUGGGAGCGCUGUGUCCAGUCAGGCUCUGAACUCCACUGUGUCGGAGGAGAACAUAUACGAGGAUAUUGUAGAUCCCCCCAAGGAAAACCUGUACGAGGAUAUCGAGACAGCAGAUAGGCGCUUCACAGGAAAGCAUUGUGUCCGUGUUCGUCCUUCAUCAGCUGGGACCACACCCAAAGCAAGUUCUCCAUCAGGAAGCAGGCCAGGGACUCCGACUAAGCUCCCCCUGAAGACUCCUGGUCUAUUCAGGCAUUCCUCAGAGAGGAGAAGCUUCAAGCUACUGGACUUAAGGAAAAGCAACAAAGAUGGUGUAAGCUCACCAUCAAAAGCAAGUCCACCAUCCACUCCUAGCAGCCCUGAUGAAACGCUUAGCUUACCAGGAGAUUCGCAGCAAUCGAGGAGAAGAAAAAAAAUUCCAAAGGUGGUGUUGAAAAUUAAUGCAAUAUACGAGGCCAGAAGGGGCAAAAAGAAAGUGAAGAGGAUCUCUCAGUCUUUGGAGACCAGCACAGGAAGAGUUACAGAUGAAAACAGUGAGACUGACAGUGAGACCGAGGAGAAACUCAAAGCUCACAGCCAGCGCCUGGUGCAGAUCCAGUCCAUGCUAAAGCAGACAGGCCGCUAUCGAACCUUGGAGAGGGAUCUGAUGGAGUUGCAGGAGUGGCGGCUGUUUGAGUUUUUUGUGGUGGUGGCUUUGCAUGUAAGGAAGGAAGGCGGUGCUUAUGUACCCGAGGUCACCCAGCAGUUCCCACUCAAGUUGGAUAAGCAGUUCAAGUUCAUGCGGGAGACAGAGGAUCAGUUAAAAGCCAUCCCAAAAUUUUGCUUCCCUGAUGCCAGAGACUGGAAUCACAUUUGUCAGUUCACCAGUGAAACUUUCUCAUUCGUCCUGACUGGAGAAGAUGGGAGCAGACGUUUUGGAUAUUGCCGUCGCCUCCUGCCCUCAGGGAAAGGCAGGUGUUUGCCUGAAGUUUAUUGUAUCGUGAGUCGCUUAGGCUGCUUCAAUCUCUUCUCCAAGAUUCUGGAUGAGGUGGAGAAGCGACGAAUGAUUUCACCUGCCCUGGUUCAGCCAUUUAUGAGAAGUAUCAUGGAGGCGCCUUUCCCUGCUCCGGGACGAACGAUUACUGUGAAGAACUUUGUGCCAGGCUCAGGGAACGAGGUGAUUCACUUGUGCCGGCCCCUGGAUUCCCGGCUGGAGCACGUGGAUUUCCAUUGCCUCUUCUCAUGUUUGAGCGUUCGUCAGCUGAUUAAGGUGUUUGCGUCUCUGCUGCUGGAGAGGAGGGUGAUCUUCACUGCCGAUAGACUCAGCACCCUUUCCCAGUGCUGUCAUGCAGUUGUAGCUCUGCUCUACCCCUUCACCUGGCAGCACACCUACAUCCCAGUGCUGCCUCCAUCCAUGAUCGACAUAGUCUGCUCUCCCACACCAUUCCUGAUAGGACUACUCUCUAGUUCUCUACCCAAGCUACGAGAUCUGCCCAUCGAGGAGGUGCUGGUACUUAAUCUGGGAGCAAACAAAUUCUUCCGGCAGGUGGAUGACGAAGACUGCAUUCUACCACGGAAGCUGCAGGUAGCACUCGAACAAGUCCUUGAGCAACGAAAUGAGUUAGCCAAUCAGGAAGAAGAGGAGGGUCCUCUGGACAGGUCUGCUUUCCUCGACAUGGUGGUAUCUGAGGCUUUUGUUCGUUUCUUUGUGGAGGUGGUGGGUCACUACUCACUAUACAUGACUUACAAUGAGAAAGAGGAGAGGAGCUUCUUAUGGGAGGCAUUCCGCAAAUCUGUCAGAUCUAAAAGCCUCCGCCGCUUCCUGGAAAUCUUCAUGGAGACCCAGAUGUUCAGGGGAUUCGUUCAGGAACGAGAGAUGAGAAAACUUGGAAUUAAAGGGCUAUUUGAGGUUCGUGCACAGGACUACCUUGACUCCCUCCCGGGAAGUGAACAAGGAGGGAUGAACAGAUUCCUCCGAGGCCUUGGCAGUAAAAUGAAAUUCCUUCAGAAGAAAUAAGCUCCUGUUGAACGCAGCUCAGUGGCUGUGCCGGCCCAAUUAACAACAAAGUGGGUAAAUUCCAGGGAGGCUGUUCCUCCGCUGUAUUCACUGCGAAGCUGAAGUAACUCGGAGAAAGAAUAUCGUGACUGACACCAGGCUGACAUCUGAUCCCUAUUUCCUUGGGCUUCUGUCAUCAUUGAAGACUUUAACUGGUGAAAUGUCCUGGGCUGGUGGGUGGAGAAAGAGAGAUCAGAAUGUGUCCUGUGGUCCGUGUUACCACAGACUGAAUGAAAUCGCAUAUAGAUGGGAGGUGGAGAGAAAAAAGCAAAACCUGUGGACGUUUGUAAACUUGUUAAAAAAAAUACUGUAGGUUGAAUAUAACAUACUCUUAUGCCAAUUUGUUGGAGAGGGAGGAAAGAGGAGGCAGUUUCUACUGUAUUUAUCUGGGAACUGGACUCACCUUCAAACACUAAGCAUGACUUUCCUAUAGUAGACCAUUGUAAUACAGCCAAUUAUUGAAGGGAGGGAACUGGCAAUCCUCUGGGAUGGAUCGUUCAGCUUCUGAUUUACUGAGGAAAGUUUCACUCAGUACCUGGCAGGAUUCAAACACAGCAAUUACAUUUACAAAUGAUGAGCAGCGGGGAUUGAAUAUAGGUUUGAAUAGAGACUAUAAAAGACCACAAUAUAUAAAGAUUAUGCCCUUCAAAGGCAACUGUCCUUAACUGCCUGCUGAGGCUUAACUCUGCCCUUCUAAGACCACUGGGAUCAUUCCACAUAAUUUAAGAAAAUUCUAUUUAUUUUAGUCCUAUGUUUGUCAGAAGCUGUUGCCCAUUUGUCCUUUGUCUUUGAGAAAUCCUGCUGGUUAAACCAAAAUCCAAUAAAUUCAUAUUUAAAAUGU